GAGGCAACUAGCGCUGUGAAUGAGACCGAAGAGACGAUAUCAGAGCUACAUUUGAAUAUCCCGCCCAGACGUGGACUCGUCCUAGAUCCUCUCCCCUCCGUGUGUCCCUCCGCUCCGUCAGUGUGUCUGGAAGCUCCGCUGAACGGUUCACUGGAAGCUAACUACCGCUGAAACCGCGUUUUCGUACAACUUCGGUGGUUUUACGAAUGUUUUGUUCACAGCUCAUUAGAGGGAGAAGAAUAUUUCAGUGAUUCAGGCAUUUUAUUCAGCCCUUCCUGCCGGUUUUGUUCUUCCCUGGAUAUGUGUCGCUUGGAGAACUAGAAGCGGACCGAGUUGCACACCGAAGCCGGGAUGAGUGGGAGCUCCGCGGGGUCCGGCGCGGCGCCCUGCCGCUUCGCCCACUACUUUGUUAUUUGUGGGAUAGACACAGAAACGGGACUGGAACCGGACGAGUUAGCAGCUUUGUACCGGUGGCUAGAAGCAGACCGCCAAGGCAGGGAUCCAGACACUGCAGCCACAGGUGAAAACUUUGAGGAGAGUCCACUGAAGAGGACAUUCAAGUCAAAAGUUCUGGCGCGAUACCCUGAGAACAUUGAGUGGAACCCCUUUGACCAGGAUGCUGUCAACAUGCUGUGCAUGCCUAAAGGCCUGUCAUUCAGGACGCAGGCAGACCAGCGUGAUCCUCAGUUCCACUCCUUCAUCAUCACCAAGGAGGACGGCUCUCGAACCUACGGCUUUGUCCACACAUUCUACGAGCAGGUGACCAGCCCACAGAUCUGCUCUGCAAUGCAGACCCUCUACCAGAUGCACAAUGCAGAGCACACCUCCACAAACCCCCCUUCCUCUUCCUCAUCCUCCUCCUCCAGCAUGGACUCUCUGGCCAGCAGUUUAGAUGAGGCCGACUCCCCCACCUCCUCGUCCUCCUCAUCUUCAUCUCGUGCAGACGGCACCUAUGACUCCACACGGGACACCCUCUACGUGUCCAAGGCCUUGUGUCUGAUCACACCCAUGCCCUUCAUGCAUGCUUGUCGCCGCUUCCUGUCACAGCUGCACAGAGCGAUUACAGUUUCCAGCGCACCUCCCCUUCCACUGGAGAGCUAUGUUUACAACAUCCUGUAUGAGGUUCCACUGCCCACUUCAGGACGCUCGCUCAAGUUCCAUGGUGUGUACGAGCCCAUUGUUUGCCAGAGACCCGGGCCGGGGGAGCUGCCGUUGGCUGACUUCCCUUUGGCAGAGGCCUUCAGUCUGCUGGGAGUGGAGAACCUGGUCCAGGUGUUCACCUGCACCUUGUUGGAGAUGCAGAUCCUUCUGUACUCACAGGACUACCAGCGGUUGAUGACUGUGGCAGAGAGCAUCACCACCUUGCUGUUUCCCUUCCAGUGGCAGCAUGUUUAUGUUCCAAUCCUGCCAGCCUCCCUCCUUCACUUCCUGGAUGCUCCUGUCCCCUACCUGAUGGGCCUGCAGUCCAAAGAAGGCACUGACCGCUCCAAACUUGAGCUUCCUCAGGAGGCCAACCUGUGUUUUGUAGACAUUGACAACCACUACAUCGAGCUUCCAGAGGACUUCCCAUGGUUCCCCAACAAGUCUGAGUUUAUUCAGGAGCUCCGUGAGGUGCUGUUGAGCUUUGGCAUAACUGACAACACAGGGGCUCCACCUCGGACCCGCUCCAGACCCAGCAGCACCCCAUCCACCCCUGGUAGGGAGCGCAAGACCACCGCUUUCCGUCAGCUGGAGGAUGAUGGGCGUAACGGGAACCUGGCAGGAGAGGAGCUGGCCGUAUUAGAGCUGCUAAAGGGAAACGCUACACUGGAAAGACUGCAGGCACUGACUAAACGCACAGGGGUGACUGUGGCCCGCGUGGAGGCCCUCAGAGCCGGAGUCAAACCUCAGGACACUGAAGGGCAAGGGGGCCGGACAGCUGCCGAAGAGGACGAGCUAAGGAAUGCUAGGCUAAACGUUCAGCUGAGGGAGGUGUUCGCCAGCCGCUUCGCCACCAUGUUUGCAGACUACGAAGCCUUUGUCAUCCAGAGCGCCCCUGAUCUGGAGUCCUGGCUCACCAACAGAGAGCAAAUGCACAACUUUGACAAGGCUUCAUUCCUGUCAGACCAGCCAGAGCCCUACCUUCCUUUCCUGUCCCACUUUAUUGAGACACAGAUGUUUGCCACCUUCAUUGACAACAAGAUCAUGUCCCAGUGGGAGGAGAAGGAAGCUCUGCUCCGUGUCUUUGAUGCUCGCAUCGACAAGGCCCGCCUCUACAACGUCCGCGCUCCCAGCCUCCGAUCCUCCAACUAUCAGAGAUGCUCCAUCCUUAAGGAGUGCGUUCAGGCCAUGGAGCAGCGACUGAUGAAGAUCGACCACACGGCCAUCCACCCGCACCUGCUGGACAUGAAGAUUGGUCAGGGCAAGCACGAGCAGGGCUUCUUCCCCAAACUACAGGCUGAUGUGCUCAACACUGGACCCACCAAUAACAAGUGGUCUCACAGGACAGCUACAGCUCAGCGCAAAAAAGAUCGCCACAAGCAACAAACCGAGCAUCUGAACCUGGAUAACGACCUGAAAGAGGUAGACAACCUCCUGACAGCCAUCCUGUACCCUCAGGUGGAGGGCUGUCUGGUCCUGCAGAACUCCAUGGCAUUUUGGGAGUGGGACAAUGCGUCCCCUCCACCUGUCAAACCGCCAAAAAAAUCUGCCUCUGCAUCCUGCCUGAAGUACAUGCAGGAGGCCCGCAGCCUAGGAAAGAACCUGCGACAGCCCAAACUGUCUGACCUCUCUCCUGCCGUCAUUGCCCAGACCAACUGGAAGUUUGUGGAGGGGCUGCUCAAGGAGUGUCGUUUGAAGACCAAGCGUAUGCUGGUGGAGAAGAUGGGCCGGGAGGCGGUAGAGCUGGGCCACGGUGAGGCCAACAUCACCGGACUGGAGGAGAACACUCUGAUCGCCAGCCUGUGUGACCUACUGGAGAGAAUCUGGAGCCAUGGCCUGCAGGUCAAACAGGGGAAGUCAGCGCUAUGGUCCCACCUGCUGCACUACCAGGCUCGUGAGGAAAAACUGGAGCAGCAGCACAGCGAAUCACCAGUGUCUAACGUCCCUGAGAGGAGAAAGUCUGAUUGUUGUGUAGCGGUGCCGUCUCUACGUGUGUCUCUCUUUCAGGAUAUGAGACAUAUUCAGAACAUGUCAGAGAUUAAGACAGACGUGGGCCGAGCGAGAGCCUGGAUCCGUCUGUCCCUGGAGAAGAAACUGCUCUCCCAGCACCUCAAACAGCUGCUGUCGCGACAAGCCUUGACCAAGAAACUGUACAAGCGUUAUGCCUUCCUGCGCUGUGAGGAGGAGAAGGAGCAGUUCCUCUACCACUUGCUCUCUCUUAAUGCCGUUGAUUACUUCUGCUUCACCAGCGUCUUCACCACCAUUAUGAUCCCAUACAGAGUUGUCAUCAUCCCUAUUAAGAAGCUGAGCAACGCCAUGACCACCUCCAACCCCUGGGUGUGUGUGUCAGGAGAGCUGGGAGACUCAGGCAUCAUGCAGAUCCCCAAGAACGUCCUGGAGAUGACCUUCGAUGUUCAGAAUCUGGGGAAGUUGACCACAGUGCAGCUGGGUCAUGAUAACGCUGGGCUCCUGGCUAAAUGGCUGGUGGACUGUGUCAUGGUGCGCAAUGAGAUCACAGGACACACCUACAGGUUCCCAUGUGGUCGGUGGCUCGGUAAAGGUGUGGAUGAUGGCAGCCUGGAGAGGGUCCUGAUUGGAGAACUGGUACUGCCCAGUGGAGAGGAGGAUUCUGGGAGAGGCUGCUGUACGCCCCCACUGCAGCGCUCACCAUCCCAGACCAGACGCAUCAGCCUCACAUCGUUGUCUGGACGAGGAUCCAAACCAACUUCAGCCCAAAUCCAGGAGGCCAUCGGGGAGGCGGUUAACAACAUUAUAAAACACUUCCACAAGCCAGAAAAAGAGAGAGGCAGUCUGACCGUCCUGCUGUGUGGAGAGAACAGCUUGGUUGCAGCUCUGGAGCAGUUCUUCCAUCAUGGCUUCAAGUCUGCCCGGCUCUUCCAGAAGACGGUGUUUGUGUGGGACUUUGUGGAGAAGGCCGUGGCCUACAUGGAGUCGGCUGACCAGAUGGGAGACCUCCAGGAGACUGCUGAACCCCUGGGGAUGACCUGCCAGUCGUUCUGCCACUACGUCAACGCCAUCAACUCCACCCCCAGGAACAUCGGCAAGGAUGGGAAGUUCCAGCUGCUGGUGUGUCUUGGAGCCAGAGAUCGCCUGCUGCUCCAGUGGCUCCCUCUGCUGGUGGAAUGUCCAGUGAUCUUACGGAUGUACGAGGACACAGCCCUGCUCAGAGACCGCACCACUGUCAACGCCCUCAUUGGAGUCCUGGAGACAUUACACGACUUCCCCAUCACCCUGGAAGCCUCGCUGGUCAAAGGCAUCGACCUUUAGCAGUAGCAGUGAUGAACGGGCCGCUCUUUGUUUUUAUUCAAACCCCUCUUCAUCAAGUUCUCCCUGCUCUGGCCGCUGUUCGCCAAUUGGCUGUGGAAUUAGACGGAUGAUGACAGACAAGAAUCUGACUUUUGGAAGCCAGAGCAGCAAGUUCCACAACUCCAUGUGAAAAGUCAGGACUUUAGAUCAGCCACAAGUUUGGAUGUAGUAUUUGUAUCCCACCGCUGGUUCUGAAAGACGCCUUAAUUAUAUAGGGCCCGACCAGAGAUUUAUCAUGUUUUACUUCAUUAACUAUGCAGCACUGUGUACAGUUUUUCAGUACAUCAGGAAUUAGUAGAUUCCAGUACAUGCUUCCUGAAUUUGUUUUCAGCUUAUUUCAGUGCAGUAUGGAAAUGACUGUUGUUCAGUACUUUGACUUCCCUGUUCAUGGCCACUGAUUCCUCCUGAAACCAUAAGUCAUAGACAUUUAAAGCACCCAGGAAUUUCCUGAAACAGCAGGUUCCCAUAGUUUUUAUCUUUACCUGUUUAAAUGAGGGGAAGUGCUGCAUUUGCUGUGACUAUCCAGUGGCAGAUUAAUCCACAUGUGGCGCUUCAGCGAGUAUUUCAGGCAAAAUAAACUUCAGUGUGUGUUCCUGGUGACAAAUGAGGCCAACAGAGGGAUAUGAUUCAUCAAAUACAUCAAAAAUACUACAGAUAAAAUGCUGGUUCAGGUUUGUACAUCAGACUCAAUUUUAAAAACAAACAGAACAUCACCUUUAGAUACAACGAAGCAGCGUUUCCAAACAGUGAUGCUAAUGUGGUUAACAGCAGUUUCAUGUUUCUGCCUCAUGAUUUCAUACUGUCCUGAAAUAAAGUGAUUCUGCGGCUGCCUACAAGUAACAAAGUCAGGGUAAAACUUUAAAGCAUGCUUUAGAAAGUUUCCAACAGUAAAACCUGUGGAUGUGACGGUGCACUGGAUGGGAGACUUGAAAGUCGUAGCAGACAUUUUACUGUGAGCUAGCUGUAGGUAGCCUCGCCCUCCUUUUGUAGGUACUAGAUCAUUAGUACCACCGAUCCCACACUCUGUGUAGCAUUGGCGUUAGCGGGCAUGCUGUUGUGUGUGUGUAGUGAAGAAAUGAACUCAGGAACAGACUGACCAAUCACUGACGCGCUGGUGAUGGAAAUAAUGUUCAGUGGUGUGCAGUCAGCAGCUCUCCAGGAGUCCUUCAUUUUCCUCUCUGAAGAUCUACUUGUUGCGCAUUUUUUCUGCCAGGAGACGGACACAGUGAUCUUCCUGAUGCGGCUAAGAGUUGAACCUGGAGCUGCAUGGACAUUCCUACCAAACUACAGGCGUGUGUGUCUGUAUGUGUGUGUGUGAGUGUCAUACUUCAUGUGUGUCUUUUUGCUCCUAUUUAGUUUUAAAUCUUCCCAUUUAAAGUUUUCACAGUGUUCUAACGAUAUGUUCUGUAUAUGUACUGUCUUUGUGAGAACCAGUUUACGUUUCAGAGUGAAGACACUUGGCCACAUUCUGAUUCGCCUUUAAAGGGCUGUUUGAGGGUUAAACUUAGUUGUAUGGUUAAGGUUAGAACUAGGUUCAGGUUAGGGUGACAAUAAAGACCUUUAGUUGUGGUUAAGGUGCUCGGGAAUAAGUGAAUGAAUGUCCUCACAAAGAUAGCCAUACAAACCUGUGUCUGCGUGUGCCUCACUCAUUUAUUUUUGGUUGGUGAAACAGUUUCCCAGUUUCAUCAUUUCACAGCUAAAUCUUGACAUCUAGCAUAAUGUAAGUUCCAGACAACUUCAGCUACACCUUGUGGUCUUCAUCCUGGACUGAUCUGUCUCCUCCUCUCUCAUGGAGGUGACCCAGCUGUCAUCACAUCAAUGAAACUUUGAACUUUUCCUCAAGGUAGCAAUCCUCUUAGUGGAUGCAGAGAACACUGAAGUAGACUCAGAUCUAAUGUCAGCAUCAUACUACACCAUCCAUGUCUUGUAGAGAAUUUGACCUGUCAGUUCUGGAUUCACUGAAAUGUCCCUUUAUGUUUAUCCUUGUAUGAACAGGAGCUUCACAAAAUGACAUUAGCAUGAACAAGACUUCCCUGCAACAGUACAGGAUACUUAAAGAUUGAUUCUUAGCAUUGUUUUAAAAGGAAUUGUUCAAUAUUAUGCUCGAACACACAGACUGAUCAAUACCACCUCUGUGUGUUAAAAUGGAGAUGAAGUUAGUCUAGCUUAGCACAAAGACAAAGGCUAACCUGCCUCUGUCCAAAGAACAGUUUGGUAUCCAUCUAUGCAUCCAAAUAAUGAAAAUUGCUGCAUACAGUUGUGGGUUUUGGUUCAACAAACCAAGCUGUGACAAAAAGACUCCUGGAGUUUGUGCUAGUCAGUGACUGCAGUUAGCCAAGACAUAGCUCUUACGUUUCUUGGUAAAAUCACAAACUGUGUCUGUUACAAAUAUGAUAAAAGCAAGACAUAUUUUGUAAAUAAUGCAAAACUCCAUGCUUGUAUUGAGCUAGACUAGCUAUUUUCCUGUACUUCCAAGGUUUAUGCUGAGCUAAUCUAACUUUUUUGAGCCUCUGGUUGUCUUAAACAUACAGAACCAUUGACCCAUCUUCUCAUCUCUCAGAAAGAAUGUAAAGAAAUAAAUUUCCCAAAAUAUUAGAAGAUUAGAAAUAGUUUGUUAGAGCUGCACAAUAUGCUGAAACAAACAUCCAUUUCUUCAAAUGCUGAGCCCUCCUGACCCUGGCUGAAGUACAGACAGGAAUCUUUAAACAUAGAUCAUAAAUAUAUAGUUUCAAAAAAGAUCAGCCAUUCACAUGAACAGCAGUAGCAAACUUUACUUCAGUAGUUUGGAGCACGAGUGUCUUGUGUUUAAAAUACUUGUCCUAUAACCUUUUGAAGAGCUUUUCAGUAAUCCUCAGGCAUAGGAAUAAUGCAUUGGACAGUUUUUCUACAUGAUAUAAAGGAUAGAACAGGGUCUUGUCAAUGAAAGGCUAGAAUUGUGCUUUCAACUCUUUGAAAUACACUGUAUAUUUUUGCAGCAUCCUACAGAGAUGUUUGAAAUUAUUUUUUCUCGUAAAAUGUUUUGUUCCUUCUUGAACACUGACUGCAUGAGAGAUUUUACUACUGUUGCUACUUACUGCCAUUGAAACCGAUGCUUUCUGAUGUAAAUAUUUCAGUUAGUGCAUGCUGACAUUUAGCCUGAGGUCUGCUAUGUGACCUUCUAAGGAAUCCUAGAUGGGAGUGGACAUUUGCACUCUGUAUUGUAGUAUUAUUUCUGAUCCCAGUAUUGAGUUUGUGACGGACAUUUAUAUCAGUCACAACUUACUUUGAAUGUUUUGAUUUCAUGUAUUUAUUGAUUUAGUAUUAACUGGUGGCUGACUGUCAGCAGCAUUGGUGUUUUGAGGUUGGUAAAGCCUGUGGACUAACUGGAAAUUUACUGGUCUUUAACCACUAUUCCCACCUGCUGUGUUUUAAUCCCUCAUACCUCACCUGCAGGACUUUCACUGCUCCAAAACACAGUAAGGGAUACCUCCAUCUGGUCCUGGAUGUAUUUAUGUACAAACUGUUUACUGGUGGCUACAGGGCGGAUUCCUGGAGCAGAACAUACACCUUGAAUGAUCUUCCAACCCAGACUUUGCUCACAGGGCAGAUUUGUUAAGUGAACCUACCAUACAGCGAGUGCUGUUGAACCUGACUACUGACAGCGGCUGCACUGCAGCAUAAAUAGUUUUGUGCUUUGGUUGAACUGACUGCUCUGUUCUGAUAUUUAUUAUGCUAUUUCAAUAAAACACCCAGUGUGUUAAAGAUGUCAGUUGA